AUAAAUCAUGAAUAUGCUUUUGCAUGGGAUAUUAAUGUAUAAAUCCAUGCUACAAAUAGACAGAGUACAGCCUACAUUGCUGUGCAGAAUAAAACCAGCAACAAUGCAGGGAAUAAAUUCUGCAGUGAUUAUCUGAUUCAUGUAUGAAGCAAAAGAGAAGCAAAAACAUAGACAGCUCUGUGGCAUUUGCAAGGCACUGCAUUUAAUGCUGAGAGAUGCUAUACAUUAAAUAUGACAACUGUGAAAAGAGAGAUCAUGGAGAAGUCAAGUAGUGAGGAUUCUUCAAUUCACCGGAGUCCAUCUUUGGAUAGCAAAGACUCGGAUUUUGCCAAACCUUCUACCUCAGGGAGGCAAUUUGGUCGAGGUUUUACUGCUGGAGCUUUCUAUGGUACAACUGGAUCACGCAAACAGAGCCACACUGGGGUUGGAACUGAGACCGGCGUUGGGACUGGGACUGGCAUAAAAAGCAACAAAUACAGUGCACCCAAAGGCAGCAAAUAUGUGGUCUUUUACCUGGAUCUAUCAUUUGUUUUCCUUUUAGAAUUUAAGAAGUGCAACAUGGCAAGAGGCUGCCUGUGUUGUUUGAAAUACAUGAUGUUCCUUUUCAAUUUAAUAUUUUGGUUAUGUGGCUGUGGGCUGCUCGGUGUGGGCAUCUGGCUGUCAGUGUCACAAGGAAACUUUGCCACGUUUUCUCCUAGCUUUCCAUCUCUUUCAGCUGCCAACCUAGUAAUUGCCAUUGGCACAGUCAUCAUGGUGACCGGCUUUCUGGGCUGCCUAGGUGCUAUCAAGGAAAACAAGUGCCUCCUGUUGAGUUUUUUCAUCGUUUUGCUGAUAAUUCUCCUGGCAGAGCUGAUACUACUAAUUUUGUUCUUUGUUUAUAUGGACAAGGUGAGUGACAGUGCAAAGAAGGAUUUGAAGGAAGGUAUGAAGCUGUACAAUUCAGAAAACAAUGUUGGACUGAAAAAUGCAUGGAAUAUCAUUCAAGCAGAGAUGAAAUGCUGUGGUGUGAAUGACUUUACGGAUUGGUACUCUGUGCUGGGAGAAAACACUGUUCCAGACCGAUGCUGUAUGGAAAACUCCCAAGACUGUGGACGGAACUCCACUGAAUUAGUGUGGAAAACAGGAUGUUAUGAAAGGGUUAUGACCUGGUUUGAUGAGAAUAAACAUGUUCUUGGUUCGAUUGGGAUGUGCAUCCUCAUAAUGCAGAUUCUUGGCAUGGCCUUCUCCAUGACACUCUUCCAGCAGAUUCACAGGACUGGCAAAAAAUAUGAUGCCUGAAGCCUCUGAAAUACUACCACAUCAACCCUUCUGUCUCUUCAUAAAAAUGAACAAAAUGAAUGAUCGCAAAGAGUAUCAAGCCUAGCUCUGCUGAAGGAAUCCGUCCCGUUGACUGAUCUACUUUGUUGUUACUUUGUCCAGUUUUUAUCACAACUUAUUUGACUCGUUUUUUGGUCUGUUUCAUGUUUGCCAUUUAUUUGCCAAAGAGGGAGGAAACCCACCAAACAAAUGGAUUUUCUACACAAAAUCAUAGCUCUGCUUUAAGAAUGUUUCUUAACUUAGGAAAAAGUUUUGCUCUACUAAUCCAUGUUAUAUGUGCAAAAAUUAUGUGUGUUCAGCUUCAAGGGAGAAUUCUUAAGUCUUCCAUUAAGUUUUCGACUCUCGUGUCCAAUUUACUGGAAGAUUCAGAAAAGCCACUCUAACUGAAUUUGAGCUGCUUUGCAGCUUCUUGUACCUUACAGUGUAUACUUUUUUAAUAUUAUAAUUAUUAUGAUGAAUAUAGCUUAGAAUUUAGUUGCCUGACUUAUAACUUUUUACUGGUUUUGGUUUUACACAUUUGUUGUACAUUAAUUUGGGAACCACUGUGCGAUCUCCAAAGGACAUGUUUUUCAAAGUUGAUGGUGCGGACAAAUAAGGGCAUAGCUUUUCUCAAGUCCAUGGGGAGGCAUCGUCUACCUUUAUCAGGGCCUUGAUGCCCUUUCUGUAACAAAGGCGGUCCCUUUCAAAUCAGAAGCUCUUGCCUCAGAUGGAAUACAAUGCCAUCCAAUCGGACCAUAUGGUGAGCUUCCUACUCUUGUGAGGCUAAGUUCUGAUGACUUUACUCACCUGAAGCAGUGUCUGGCUGCUUUGAUGUCAUGCUACUUAGAAAGCUAAAAGUACUGACUAAGCAAGUUACUGCUCCCUGGCACAAAGGAGAGAGAUUGCAUUCUGACAUACUGGCCAUUUGAAGCAGACUUCACAGAUUGUGUUGUGUUUCAAAAAGUCUGUCCAAGGCAUAGCAUGUUGCCAGGUAUUAGGAAAGGGGAUGGCAAUUUGAUGGCAAUAUUGUCAUGCCAUGCCUUUCAUUGAAGAGGUUUCCUCAGGCAGAUGACAGCCAUCUCCCUGAGCUGGAAGAGGUGGUUUGAUUAAAGGUGACCCAAACAGCAUUUGUAGGCAGCAUGUGUUGUGUCACCUUCAGUACAGAAUUGGUUUUUGCUGACAGAUUGCCAAAUUCAUCCGGUGGUGUAGUUCAGAGUUCAUUGCAAUGCGUAUUUUUACCAACAUUCCUGUUAGAAAACUUGAACAUGUAUUUCUCAAGUUUGAAUGGUGCUUCAUUACAAGCAGUCCCCAUUUGCUCUUUGUUGCAGGUUUUUGCUGAUUUGUGAAGGAAGAAGGAAAGGCUUAGAUGUUGGAGGAUGUUCUGACGUAACUCCAGUCAGUGCUCAACUCAGCUCUGAAAUAAACACUGCUUUUUGUACUAGUAGCAGUCAGAAGUGACCUUCAGAGGUUACCUCAUCCAAUGUCAGUCUCAAAGGGGGACUGUCAUCUAUGUGAGAUGGGGUUUACUGUGACAUUAUUGGCUGAGUUUUAGAAACUGUGGAGGAUGCACGUUUUGUGCCUUUCAGUGCCAUGCCAUGCCGAACUACUCCUCCGGUAAACAAAAUUCUCUUAAUGUCCAGUCUGAAUAUUUAUACUUUAAACUUUUAAAUAUACCAUUUUCAUUGUAUCCUUCAGCCUAUCUUUUCCUUGUGAGCUGACAUAGCUGUUGAGCCACUUCAUAUCUGGGAGUUUUUAGCCCCCUGUUUAUCUCCUAGUGUAGGUCCUGCAUGCAUCUGUACAUCUGGCAGCAAUAGUGUUUUGUGUGGCCUGUGUGUCACUUUUUUGAGUUCCUAUGAAAUCACUGUGACAGGAAGGACUGUGAACGUGUGAGAGACAGAGAUGAAUUUGGCUAUUGCAUUGAAGAAGGAGAUUCUUAGAGCAUGACCCUUGCCCAUGUGAGCACAAUGCCCAAAGUUUUACAGGGCUCUUGUUUCCCACUGGAGCAGACAAUGCCAUAUGGGUUCAGCUCUUUCACUUGGAUUGCCUUUGAAAAAGUCAGGGAGGAAGCAGAGGGAAAGCACAGAAAUUGAAUCCAGUUUUACUUCCAUUUCUAACAAAAAUUGGGACCAGGAGCAUGUGAGCCCCGCUGGAGAUGGAUGUUCGAUGUUGAAGAAGGGGAUCCGAUGCCCAGUGUUAUUUGCUGCUACGUGUAAGACUGUAUCUGAAGUUGCUAAGAUGCGUUCCCAUUUUUGCAAGAAAAGACAGGACGAUUUUAAUCCGAUGGCUCCACUGCAUUCUCCCUUUGGGCAGAUAUGCUUAGCUUUCUCUGACAUUCAAAAAGAGUAAGCAGGGUGCAGGCUGAGCAGGAGCAUAAUCUGUGUCCUUUUGGAUCGCACAGUGGUACCUGCCAUAUUUUAAAUUUUAAUCUGCAGUCAGUUUUUGUACAGAACAUGGUAAAAUAUAUUAGUGAAAGAAAUAAGGAAAUAAUGUUUAUUAGUAACUCAGAGAUGAAAUGCAUAGUUGCAAACUCAGCUACUUCGCCUUCCAUCCAAACUUAUUUUUCUAGACUGCUUCAUUCCAUUUCAUGAUCUAGCAGGAUAGAUCCUGAAAUCUUUUUUUUUAAUGACUACUUUUGGCAUUUUAAGCACAGUAUUAAGCGAGAUAGUUACAUGAGCUUCGUGUAUUCAUCUCUAUGAAGCUGCCUCCUGGAAGGGGUCAAAGCAGGGUUGAUUUGUGUCUCUAGCUGACUCUCUGAUGGGAGGUGAUGACAAACAUCCCAAAAGGAGCAGAAAAGUAAUGCCGUUUUCCAGGCAACAAAAAACAGACCUGGAAAGUGUAGGGCUGCAUCAGUCAGUUUCUCAGAGGACACUGUCUGUCCUGUAAACUGACCAAAGGGAGCUUUGUCUCAUGUAUGUAUGCACUUUUUUUGCUUACGCUGGAGGGUGGCUGUGUGUUUUCCCCAAAUGUCACUCUGACUAUUUGACUAUAAGUCUUUAGCAUGUUUUAAAAUAAAAACUGAUACUGAGUAAAAGUAUCUGUAACAUACACAAAUAUUGAUUCAUAUAAAUGCAUACCUCUCUGUAUCUCUAAUUCAUGAAAGCACAGUUGAAGGGUGUGAAAGUGCUGUUUCUCUGAGUGUUCCUUCAGAUUGUAGCAAACCUGCUCUCUCACUGUCCAUGCUUGGAAGCUGCAGCACAACUUAAGCAGAAGCAUAAUAGAACUGCUCAAAGAACCUCUACUUGAAAGCUGUUCAAGUGAUGGCAGUAAAUUCUGUUUCCUCCUGGUGGUAAAAAGGUUGUUACCUAUAGGAAGCCUAGGUGGAGGGCCCUCAAAAUAAGUGCCCAUAGCUAAGUAGCAUGUGAAAUGAUAAAAACAAAGGCAUAAAUGUCUCCAAGAUGGCAGAAGAUGCCUUGUAUAUGUCAUGGAUUGAGUUCCUGGACUAUGGUCACAUUAGGCCAACUCUCCUAUCCUGUGUCCACCCCUCCAUUUAUAUGCAUGGAAUACAAACUCACAGACAGGAAGGCUGCAAGCAGAGGGUGGCUGAACUGAUCCUUGUGGUCUUUAUUAAGCAAUGUAUUGGUCAGGCAUAGAAAAAGCAAGGGGGAAAAGCCAUUUUCCCAGCAGAUGGUUCUUGAGAGCCACAUGAAAUAGAGCACACAAAAUUCUCAUCUAACUUCUUUCCAUAGACAUGAGCAGCUUCAUCCUCUAACUGUCAUGGGGAAACCUGGAGAUAUUAGUCAUCUGUUGUGCAGUAGAAAGUAGACACUAAGAAAAAAUUGCCAUUCCCACCAAAUGAUGUUUGCACCAGUGUUUCUUCUAUGCAAUACCUACUUUCACCUUUAUAUGAAAGAUUUUUACUAGGAUGAUAUAAAAAUAAAGGAUUUUUUUAAAGGUG